AUUUUGAGAACGCCAUUAAUUGAACGCGAAUUUUUAUUCUCUUGAAAACAAUGGGGACCUGGACCGCGAUUUUGCCAACAAAUGCUCACCCACACAUGAGCAAGUGCGUGUGAUUUCGCAAACAAUACGUAAGAUAAAAGCACGCCUAGGUGAGUAGCGUCACGUAGACGUCGACAAACGACGACGGUCCUAGUGCUGAUCGAUAUUCACACACGUACACACACAUACCGCAAAAACACGCUGUAGUACGGGGGGUCGCACACACACACCGCCAUGGAAAACACAUUAGGUGGAGGCGAAAAUAAUGUAGAACCCGCCGCCCCGGUCGACACCGUCGCCGCUCUCCUCUCAGACGUUGCCGCAAUGAAAGAGUUGGAGACGGGUGUCAGUUGCAAGGGCAAAGAGGCGGCGAUAAGCAAAGAUUUGACACCGACAACAACAACGGAGACGUCGCCGAUGCCGCAACAAAUCGAAUCUGUAAACAAAACGGCGAAGGUGGAAAAUAACAGCGCAGAAGACGACACCAGCCGCGGAAAUGCCAAUGCGCCACUAGCAACAGCCACAAAUACAAACACAAACGCUAUACAGCAACAAAAACAAGCAGAGAAGCCACAGCCAGAGGCAGAAGUGAUUUCGGGCAAUGGGAAUGCAAAUGCCACAGAAACAGCAGCAGCAGCGGCAGCCACAGCGGAUAAUUUAAACAGCAACAAAACAGAAGAGCGCAAUCACAAAAAGAAGAAAAAAGAUAAGGAGCGCGAACGGGAUGACGAUAAGAGUCGUCGCAACAGCAGCAGCAGCACAAGCAUCAGCAAUAGCAACAGCAAGGAUCGCGAUCGUGAGCGCAGCAACUUAAAAUCCUCCUCCUCCACCUCAUCCAGCUCUUCACGCAGCAAGGACAAAAAGUAUCACAAAAGCGAUCGGGAUAGGGACAGGGACAGAGAGCGGGAUCGCGAUAGGGAGAAGGUUCCAUCAUCAUCGUCUAGUUCCUCGUCACAUUCGCAUCGACGCCGCAGCUCGGACAGCAGUCGCAGCAGCAGCAAUACCAAUAGCAGUUCCAGCAAGCUACAGCAGGCCGUGGUGGCCGCACUCGAGCAGCCAAUCAAAGUGGAGCAGCCAAUCAAAGUGGAAGAAGGCGCAAAGCAAAUCAAAGUGGAGCCAAAUGUGGCAGCAGUUGCUCCUCCCGUACUUAGUAGUAACCUCAUCAAGCCCGAAUUGGACAUCAAAAAGGAGUCAAGCGGUGUCAAGGUGAAGCCAUUGAUGAAUGGCGAUGCAACGGCGGCCAAAACACGUGAAGAGGUCACGCGACAGUUGAACUUUAGCGCCAAUAAGACCUGGAAGGGCUCCACAUCCAACUCCUCCUCGUCUUCCGUACUGAUGCCUUCGCCGGCGGCCAAGACUUCAUCUUCAUCCUCGUCGAGCAACAGCAACAGCAGCAGUAGCAAUAAUCAUUCCUCCAGCCUAAACAGCAGCCGCAAGUCGUCAUCCUCCUCCACGUCUUCUUCCAGCAGCAGCAGCAAUCAUCACAAAAGCUCCUCUUCGUCGUCAUCUUCCUCCUCCUCGCGUCACUCAUCAUCCUCGUCUUCGCGCGACUGUUCCAAGUGCUACAAGCGCUCCAAGAUACGUCGCACCAGCGUUGGUGUUCAAUGUGUGCCGCAGGCGCCGGUAGCUGGACCCUGGCAGACGGUCCAAAGCCUGCCACCCUCGCCCAAUCGCAAGGCACCCGCUGGCCUGGAAAAUCUCAAAUACGGCUGCUAUUUCCAAGUGGAGCAGUACCCAAAUGGUGGCGCCUCCAUCGUGCAUCUGUAUCAGCACGAAAUCGAUGAUCUCUCGCCGGAGGAAAUGGAGGAGCUGGUGGAUGAGUUCUUUAGCGUUUGCUUUGCCGAGGAUGAGCAGGGUUAUGCGCACCACGUGAUGGGCAUUGUGCACGAUUCGGCACGAUAUAUACCCGAUCUGUUGGAGCACAUGGCUGAGAACUAUUCCACGCUGACGGUAAAGGCUGGUGUACUCGGACGAAAUUCGGACAUUGAGACCUGCACAAUGGCACAGUACAACGAACAGGUGGUGCGUAACUACUGCCAGGGCACUUUUCGCUAUGGACCGCUGCAUCAAAUCAGCUUGGUGGGCAAAGUGCAUGAGGAGGUUGGCGGCUACUUUCCUGAUCUACUCGGACGCAUCGAAAAGAAUCCAUUUCUGCGAAAGACCAUGCCUUGGGCUUGUAAUUCCAUACUGCAAACGGAUCCGCGUCAGUCAAACGAUGGACCUAUACUAUGGAUACGCGCUGGCGAGCAGUUGGUGCCCACAGCGGAACUAAACAGCAAGACGCCACUCAAGAGACAGAGAACUCGCAUCAAUGAGCUGCGCAACUUGCAAUAUCUGCCACGUUUGUCGGAGGCGCGCGAAACCAUGAUUGAGGAUCGCACCAAGGCGCAUGCGGAUCAUGUGGGCCACGGACACGAGCGUAUCACAACAGCAGCAGUUGGCAUUUUAAAAGCCGUUCACUGCGGACAAUCCUACACACAGAAUCGCAUCACCAAGGAUGUGGUUGCCUUUGCCGCUCAGGACUUUAAUACCAUGGUGGAAAUGCUGCAAUUGGAUCUGCACGAGCCGCCCAUUUCGCAGUGUGUGCAGUGGAUCGAGGAUGCCAAACUGAAUCAACUCAGACGCGAGGGCAUUCGCUAUGCGCGCAUUCAGCUGUGCGACAAUGACAUUUACUUUCUGCCACGCAACAUUAUCCAUCAGUUUCGCACGGUGACGGCUGUGACAAGCGUUGCAUGGCACCUGCGCCUCCGUCAGUAUUAUCCCGGCCAGGAGGUGAUAAAUGAACAGAAUAAUCCUGUGCUGGCCGAGACGCCGCACUACAAGGAGAAGCAAACCAUUUUACCCAAUCCCAUUGGCCACGACGAGUGUGGCAAGAAGACGCCCUCAAAGCGCGGCCACGAUGGCGGCAAGUUGGCCAAGAAGAAGCUCAUCGAUUUGGAUGGCAAGGAGCGUCGCUCGAGUGAAAGCAGCAUGGACGACGCGGGUGGCAAUGCCUCGCCACGACAAAGCCAUCAGGAUAACGGUGGCAGCAGCAGCAGCAGUCCAAACAUCAACAGCAGUGGCAGUGGCAGCAACACACCCAAGAAGAAGCCCAGCAAAGAUGACUCCAAAAUAGACAUGCGGAAAAUGGUUUUGGAGCAAAAGUACAAGCUGACAAAGGCGGCAGCCACAGUGCUCGAAAGUCACGGGGAGAAGGAGAAGCAGCCCAAAAAGGAUAAGGAAAAGACGCGCGAUUCCAGCAAGAACGAAAAGGAUAAGGACAAGGAGAAGGAUAAACACAACACAACCAAAAAACAACAUCAGUCCUCGCCCACGUCCUCGCCGACACCAGCUAAAAUGCCAAGACUGAGCAGCUCCAAUUCAGCAGCAUCUCCUCCUCCUCCUGCAACUGCUGCUCCAUCUCUGCCUUCGUCUGCCAUUGUGGCAGCACUGCCGCCUCCAUUAGUGCCUCAGACACCCUUUAACCAUCGCGAGAGCCUCAAUCAAAAGGAACCCGAAAUCAAAAUUGAAGUGAAAAUAGUUUCGGAUGCGCCAACGACGAACAGUCGAAGUGAUACAAUCAGCAGAGGCAGUAACUCCACCAGUGAGCCCACAAAUCCACAUCCCUUGGAGCAUGUGGGCAGCGAAUUGAUUGUGGAGAGCACACCCCAAUUGGUGGUCGAUCAUGAGGAGGAGGUGACGGAGGUCUGUGCAGAGGAAAUUGUGGAAAUGGAAACUGAAGUAACUGCUGCACCAACCGCUCCCAUUGCUACACCAAUUGCUGCUAUGCCAAAGCUUGUUGUGGCGCCAAAGAUCAAUGCUGCUACGGCUCCCGCUGUUCCUCCUUCUGCUGCUCCAAUGCCGACACUUAAAUUUGCUCCAGCAACUAAUCUUAAUCAUACGCCUAAUCCCACAGCAGUUGCUGUUGCGUCAGCAGCAGUUCCUGCACUCCUUCCCACCCUGAGUCCAGCGCCCAUUGGUCAGUCACUUCCCACUCGCAGUCCAGCGCCCACUGGUCCCCUGCUGCCCACCCUUAGUCCAGCACCCACUGGUCCCCCGCUGCCCACGCUCAGUCCAGCACCCAUUGGACCCCCACUUCCCACCCUGAGUCCAGCGCCCAAUGCUCCUCAAAUUGUUAAAGUCGUUAUACCCGCCACAAUGGCGCCUUUCGGCCGGAUGUCUGUGGUUUUGCCCACGCUAACAGCAGCACCGCCAUUGCCUCCAAUGCCACCCCUACGAGCAGCAGCACCUCCGCCGCCACCACCCACCAACGUCACAGGAACAGCCGUAGGAGCAGCUGCAGCCACAGCAAGCCCAAUGAAGACCACCUACAAGACGUUUAGUUUGCCCUCGCACAAAAUCAUCAUUGCAGGGCCUGGCACAGGGCACAGUCGUGUGGCCACCAGCCACAAGGGAGUGCCCAAGACACCCGUGGAUCUGCUGGGCUCCAUAAUGGCCAGCAUGGACAAGCCGGCAGCGGGUGGCAGCAACCCAUCGUCAUCAACCCUACCCUCAGCGACAACAACCACAUCGGCGACAACGAAUAGCGCGCUCUCCUCCUACACAAACUCCAGCAGCCACAGCUAUUGAGUGCGGGUCGGUGUGGGAGCAGAGCGGGUGAGCUGAGAAGAGGCUCCUACAUGGACACUCUUGAUUGUAUAUUUACGAUAACACCGACACAGGAUCUAACGUCUAACGCAAGCCGUGCGGAAAGUGUCUCGUUUUUUUUAGAGUACGUGCAGAAAAGUUGUUCCCCACUCCCCUCAAAAAUUGUAUAUAAGUAAAUAAUGCUUGGAACUUACACACACAAUACACACACACACACCCUAUAUUUGAUAAUGAAAUUAGAAUUAAG